AUGCCCUUGAUUGUAACAAUUAUCGUCUCCGUCCACGUUACCUCAAAGAAAAGUGCACACACAAAACUGUGUGCCAGAGGCCAUUGGAGGCCUCAUGAAGAUGCUAAACUCAAAGAACUCGUUGCCCAGUUUGGUCCUCAAAAUUGGAAUCUCAUUGCUAAGAAACUUCAAGGAAGAUCAGGGAAAAGUUGCAGAUUGAGAUGGUUCAACCAAUUGGAUCCACGGAUUAACAGAAGUGCUUUCACUGAUGAAGAAGAAGAAGCACUUUUGGCUGCACAUAGAGUGUAUGGCAACAAAUGGUCCCUGAUUGCUAAGCUAUUCCUCGGAAGGACUGAUAAUGCCGUCAAGAAUCAUUGGCAUCAAAGAGCAAACCAGUACUUACAGAAGAAGGAAACCUGUUUUCUCACCGCAGGGAUUUUCCAUGACUGA